GUAUCAGCACAAAUAAUGCAUCAUUUCACCCUGUUUCUGUGCAAUUCCUUUUGAAAAGUUAUGAUCAAACCCUUCAGGCAGAUCCCAGUCAACUGGUAAGAUGAGUCUUUUGUUGACUUACCUAAAAUGUGACAAGUUACAUACACCACACCCAUGCUAACGCUGUUGGCAAGAACCCCGGGAUAGUUCACUUUUUUCAACUGAGAAUUCUGUUCACGUCAGGAGACGGAAGACUGAGCCUCACAUACGGCACCAUACACACCUGUGCAUCUCAGCAGGGCAGCUUUGGAUCUGCAGAAACCUCCAGACACAUCCUGUGUACUCAGGAGACUGAUCCCUGAUAUCCAUUAUCAGUCCACGAUGGGCCAGGCCAUGAGCAGACCCUACUCUAACCCCUUCCAGAACUCCUCUUUUAAGCGCCCGUCCAAUGACCAGAACAAGUCCCUUCAACCGAGCAUCUUCGCCACACUGAAGCCCUCCGUUGCUAAAUCCAACAAUUCCAUGCCUCUUUUCAACGACUGCAUCACUGCUGCCUCAUCCAGAACUCAAGAGUACCUCCUUUUCAAAGACCCAGAGGAUAAGUUCCACCCAAGCCCUGAGGUGCUCACCCAGGUCUUCCUGAUGACAUACAUCUCUCAGAGUGUAAGCCUAAACAUCACAGACACCUUCAACUGCACGGCCAUGACGCCCGAGCAGCGCAUCCUCCUGGGGGCCGACUGGGUCUGGGCCAUGCUGGAGAAGCCCACCAAGAACCCUCAGAUCCAGAUCGCUGUGCAGGUCCUACACCUGCACGACAGGGAGGAAGCCCAGGAGGAUGGAAUCCCCACAGAGGCCCGCAGCGAGUCAGUCCAGAUCGCCCAGAAGGAGUCCAGCAACAAGACCAUGUACGAGAAGAUGGUGGACUUCUGCACCUCCAUCGGCAAGGACUGCUAUGCCCUCUUCUUGUUCUUUGGGAAGAAAAGUGACAAGGGCAAUAUCUAUGGCGUCCUCAGCAACAACUUUGAGGCCGCUAUUGGGAAGUGUGACCAGAUUGACAGAGAUUUUAUUGAGAACUUCUUCAAAGGCUCAAGGUAUCUCUAUACGCCUUCAGGAAUGAUGCAGGCCAUUGUCACCAAGAAAGAGGGAGACUCUCUCACUCUCAUGAUUAAAUUUAGCUGAGUCAGAGGGACUCUCUGGAGGUACCAAUAACUUAAUUUAUCAAUUAACUGUAUGUUUUUGGGGGUUUUUUGGGGCCAUAUCUGGAGGAACAACCUGACAUUAUAAGAUGUAGUGUUUAAAUUACAAGAGAAGGUUGUGUUAUUUUCUUCCAGGUGUUUAUUUCAACUGCGGUGCAUCAAACAGUUGGACUCAAACUCCCAGGUGUUCUAUUUGCUGAUUAACAGCAACAUUUUCAAAAAACGUUGCAUUGAAGACAAGGAGGACUUUUGGUGUGUACUUCUACUUUAAACUAGUCUGCGUGAAUUGUUGUUUUCUUUCCAUUUAUAUUGUAUAUUAUUGCAUUAUUGUAGGUGCGUUAAAGCAUUUGUGUGACUAAGUGUGUGGCGUAUCUGCAUUAGCUAACGUAAUUGAACAGCUGAUGUUUAACCUUUUACUGACAUACGGCAUUUAGAGUCAAUUCUGAAAGGAUGAAGAUAUUAAUAACAAAUCUUUAAAAAUAUACACUAUUAGAACUUGUUUGUAAUGACUUCUUAAACAUGAAAUAAAUGUCUAAAAAUGGUGGAUGAAUUGGAAAAUAGUGUAGUGUAAAUGUAUGUUAUUAUAUAUAUAUAUUAAUAUAUACACAU